CCUGGCAAUUCCCCCUCCUUACAUUUGCUGAACCUACAGAUUGAAAAGCAACAGCUGGAGCUUCGCCUCCUUGAGCUCGAAGCUCAAUCAAGAGCUCGGCAAUUGGUUUCAUCCAGCCCCGCCGCCAACAAGCCUCGAAACAUUCCUUCUUUGGAGACCGUUCGUGGAGGAGUUAACUCUGGUAAGUCCCAAGGUCAACUCGACCACAAUACACUCAUCGUUAACCCCCAAGAAUGGCCUCAUCUUCACAUUCCUUUCGGUCUGUCCUGAAAGAAGUUUAAGGAUUUAUCGACGGCAGAAUUCGUGUAUGGCUAUCUCGAUAUCUUGUCUGCUUAGCCUUCCCCUCAGCAAGCGCUCAUGACGCACCACCUCAUGUCUUUAAUGCGUUUGGCGUCCAAAUACGACUGGGAAGCCCUGCUGUCCUUUCAUGCUGCCGUGUUGGAUCGCAUCGAAUCGGGCCUCGCAAGCUGGGGCGACGAUUUCAGCGAAAUCGAGCACUUCAACAUCACAGAAUCCAAUCGCUUGCAAUCCAAACCGGCUACUUCGCCCGCCUUUCACGCGGCUGGCUUUCGAAACAACAAUGGCCGAGCUCGUACCUAUUGCCGCGAAUGGAACCGCACCGGUACGUGCAGUAACCCUUCGCACCAGGAAGGCGUCGAACAUAUUUGUGAAUAUUGCAAGCUCAAAGACCACACCAUUGGCUCUUGCCCAACUCGCCCUCCGCCGCCCACCACAGCUGAUUGA